UUGUAUGUGCUUCAGCCGGAGCGGUUGCUAGACCAAAACCAAACGCAGGCGUGUUAAUAAUUAUUCUCUAGAAACGUGGCCCGUGCGCUUGGCCAGCUUUGAAAACCUUUGCGCAUCGGUCGUUUGAUCAUUUCAAAAUUAACAACAAGUGCAAAGGUGUGAGACAAACUUACCAAAAAUCCAUACCGAAAAUACAAUACAAAAAAUGCAAGCGUGUAGAAAAAAAAGAGCUCCAGGCGAUACAGCGUCGAUUCUGUGGAGUAGACUCUUUGUGGCCAGUCUCUGUGGAUUAUUGCUGCUUGGCAUUCAAAUUGAGCGUGCGGCGUCUGCGCCUGCAGGCGAGGAUGAUGCUGCAGCCGUUCCCAGUACCAUUAUGCCAGCGUUGGAUACAACUACUGAAGCUGCCUCCACAGCCAACACAACGGCAACAACAACAUCGACAACAACAACAACAACAAUUGGCGUAGAACAAAGUAGCGAGUCGACUGCGACUGCGACUGCGACCAUGUUGGAUAGUUCAACGACUUUGGGACCGAACAAAUUGAACGCGAGCGAAGCUGUUGCAGCGAUCACCACAAUGCCGCCAGCAGUCGUCGUUGGCAGCGCCACCGAGAAUGGCAGUUCCAAGCAGGAGGAAACUACUUUGCGCUCCACCAGCAUUGAGCCGAUUACCUCUACGGAGCCGACAACUACUCCGCGCGCUGAGGGUGAAGCGCCUGUGUCGAUUGUCCAUCCGUCGGAGCUGGAUCAGACGCAUAUACAGCAUAUUCCGUUAAGGGAUGAGCAUGCGGAGAGCGUGGGCGGCGAUGCCACCACGGAGCAGCAGCAGCUGCAGGAGAAGCAACAGCACCAGCAACAACAAAACGAACUGUUGCUCAACCAAAUCUCUAAUGAGAACGACGACGAUGCCAAGGACUUUAAUAAUUUUCGACAUCCGGCAACGCUCAUAACGGCCAGCAACAGCGAUGAGAACGAACCCGCCACCAAUGAGAAUGAAAGUGACAACGAAAAGAACGCACUCACAUCGACAACCAGCACAACAACAACAACAACGUCGGCGUCGACGUCGACGAUCACAACAACUGCAGCUCCAGCAACAACAACGACAACAACAACAACAACAACAACAGCGGCAGCAGCAACAACAACAACUGAGUCCGAAGAUCCCUAUCAUGUGCAUAUACUGUCCGAGAAUCAUGAUCGCCUGGCCGAGCACGAAGAUUAUCAAAUGCUGUCGAGCAGCACCGAGGAGGGCGAGCCGGCGACAACAACUGCACCAGCGACAACAACAACAACAACAACAACUGCAGCAGCGACAACAACCGAAUCGAGGGCUGGCAUUAUCGUCAGUAUGGAGAACAAGGCAACAGCGCAGCCAGCAACUGAGACGACAUCAACAUCCCGAGCACGCGCCAUGAAUAUGAAUGAACCCGAGACCCAGCACCCGACUGUGCGCGCGAUUGAGGCCGGGGCGGAGGCGGAGGCAGAGGCGGAGGCCACCACAGUCAUACCGCGAUUCGAAGUGGACGCGGCUCCAGUGAUUAGCAUUGUUGAAGGACAGCAUGUGCAUGGUGUGCAGCACCCAAUCGAGGACGAAAGAAGCAGCAGCAACUCCACAACAACAACAACAACUGAUACGCCAUUGGCUGCAUUUGCGGGCGAGGGUCGCUCGGCAGGAGGCGGCGGCAACGAGGACGUUGAGCUACUGUUCCGACACAAUGCCACCAUGCAACAGGCUCUGAUGGAUCUCAGCGAUGUCAGCAUGGACGAGGAGCGCACUGACCAGAUAACAACUACAACAACAACAACAACUACGACCAGCACAUCAACGCCACAGCCGGAAACGGAAGUACCGAAAAUUGUAGAGAUCACAGCCAGCGGGGAUACCAUGCAUCGCGAAUGCCUGGCCAGCAACAAGAGCUACAAGCACGGCGAGAGCAUGGAACGGGACUGCGAUGAGCGUUGCACCUGUAACCGCGGCGAGUGGAUUUGUGAGCCGCGCUGCAAGGGUGCCACCUAUCCGCGUGGCAGCCAACGCACCAUGGCCAAUCCGCAUUGUCACGAGCGUCUGGUGGAGGAGGACGAGUGCUGUAGGACAAUGGAAUGUGACGAGCCAUUGCUGGAGCCCAGCGUGGCCACAGCCGAGGCGGGCAUGCCAGCUGCGGCCAACAGUGAACAGAACGAAGACACCACACCCAAGCCGCGCAACGACUGCCAUUACCAGGGCGGCGUCUACAAGUUCCGCGAGCGCCUGGAGAUUGGCUGCGAGCAGAUCUGCCACUGCGACGAGGGUGGCGUCAUGGACUGCCGACCACGCUGCCCGGAACGCAAUCAUACGCGUGCCGACAAGUGUGUCUAUGUCAAGGAUCCCAAGGAUGUGUGCUGCCAGCUGGAGCUGUGCGAUGUUACGCUGGACGAUCACGAGCAACAGCAGCCGCUGGCUCCGUUGCCGUCGCUGCAUGGCGGCCAGAACAGCAUUGGGGAUGAGCACGAGCAGGAGCGCAGCUUCGGGCUGGAGGAGCAGGCGCGCGACGCUAGCGGCGCCACGCCCACCUGCAGCUUCAAGGGCGCACAGUAUGAGCUGGGCCAGCAGUUCCGCGAUGGUUGCGAGCAGCUGUGCAUCUGCAACGAGCAGGGCGUACAUUGCGCCAAGGUGGAGUGUCCCUCCACCUUUGGCCUGGACGUGCUCAAUCCACAUUGCAUACGCUGGGAGCCAGUGCCGUCUGACUUUAAGCCGGUGGCGCCCCACUGCUGUCCGGAGAGCAUGCGCUGUGCGGAUAACGGCACCUGCACAUACCAGGGCAUGGAAUUCGAGAACUGGUCACCCAUUCCGGCCAAUCUGACGGGUUGCGAGAAGCAUUGUUACUGCGAGAAUGGCAAGGUGGAAUGCCGUCCGGCUUGUCCGCCCGUGCUGGCGCUGCCGCCAGCUGAUUUACCCUGUCAUCCCGCUCAGGCGCGUCUGCUGCCCAUUCCCGAGGAUGAGUGCUGCAAGCACUGGACAUGCGCACCGCUGGCACCCAAACUCGGCGGUCAGCCGGAGGAGGAGGAGGCGACACAGCAAGAGCAACAAAACGAGGCGGCCAGCCAAUCCUCAUCUCCGACGGCGACAACGACAACGACAACAGCAACAACUUCGACGGCAGCCAACAAAGGGUUCCAUGAGAAGCCAACGGAUGUUGACUACGAAAAGAAAUCACAGCUAAACGCCUUUUAUCCCACGCUGGAUGGCAAGCCGCCCAAAGCGGGCGCGGGCGUCUUUGACAAGCACGACAAGCUCCACAAGAAGGCUCAACAGCAGCAACAGCAGCAGCAACAGAAUGACAUCAAGUACGAUGUGCACGAGGAUCAGCAGGAGGACGAGGUGAACAGUGGGCCACCGCUGCCGCCGGGCGGCGGCUUCGUGCCGCUGCAGCUGGGCGGCCACUACAACGAUUAUCAACAGCAGCAGCAGCAGCAGCAGCAGCAACAUCAGCAACAGCUCGGACCCUUUGGCUUCUACCAUCCGGGAAAGCCCGCCUAUGAUGCAUACAAUCCCUAUGAGCCGUAUGGCAUUAAUCCGAACGGCAUACCGCAGGGCAAGCCGCCGCCGGUGCCUACUAGUCAGUCGGAUCUGUUCAAUAUUCUGGGUGCAGAGCAGCCCGGGCAUCCGGCACAGACACUGCCCCAGAAGGACAAUCACAAUCUGCCCUCGCAUGUGAGAAUCGAACAGAUACUGCAGCACUUGCAGCAGAGCGUACCCGGCGGACCAGGCGGAGCAGCACCCGGCCCACAACAACAACAACAACAGCAGCAGCAAGAACGACCGCUGCCGCCGCAUUAUGUGCCCAUUGUGCACAGUGGAGUGCCGCCGCCUCCGCCUCCACAUGGCAUUGCCAUAGUCGAUGGCCAGCCCGUGGCCUACGAGAGCUAUCCGCUGAUACCCGGCCUGGGUGUGCCACCCCCAAUGCAUCAUCCUCAGCAGCAGCAGCAGCAGCAGCAAAAGCAGCAGCAACACGAAUCCUUGCAGCAGCUGCCUAGCAUUACGCCCAGCUCGAGCACCAGCUCUGGCCUAUCCACGCAGGCCAGCGAGCACAGCCUGCAUCAGACUCAGAGCCAGGCGCCGGAUAAGCGACCCAUCCAGCAAGCAGGCCUCAACAAUCUGCAACCAGAUAUCGAAGUGCACACGCUGGAACCGAUUGAUCCGCGUACCAUUCGCAUUGUGUUCACGGUGCCGCAGGUGUAUGUGAAUCUUCACGGACGCGUGGAGCUGCGUUAUACGAAUGGGCCGAGCAACGAUACGUCCAGCUGGGAGCAGCAGAUAUUUGCGCCGCCCGAAGAUCUGAUUGCCACCUCGCAAAUGGAGUUCGAUUUGCCUGGCCUGGAGCCCAACUCGUUGUACAAGGUGAAAAUAACGCUGAUCCUGCGCGAUCUUAACUCGCAGCCAACGAGCAGAGUCUUCACGGUCAAGAUGCCGGCGGAGAGAACGAUAACGCCGCCGCCGCAGAUUUCCGACUACAGGCCGGACUUCCAGGAUAUAUUCAAGACCGUCGAGGAUCCCGAGCUGAAUGUCAGUGAAACGAAUGCCACCUGGCUGCAGCUGACCUGGAAGAAGCUGGGCGACGAUCAAAUGGAGUACGUUGAUGGGGUGCAGCUGCGCUACAAGGAGCUCACGGGCAUGAUAUAUUCGUCCUCGCCGCUGAUACACCGCACCCUCACCAGCUACACCAUACAGAAUCUGCAGCCCGAUACGGGCUACGAAAUCGGACUCUACUACAUUCCGUUCGCGGGCCACGGAGCCGAGCUACUCGCCGGACACAUGAUCAAGGUGCGCACCGCACCCAAAACGGAUGUCUACGGAUUCGAUGUGAUGGUCAAUGUCACCAAGGUGAAGACACAGAGCGUGGAAAUAUCGUGGAAUGGCGUGCCGUAUCCGGAGGACAAAUUCGUGCACAUCUAUCGCGCCAUCUAUCAGAGCGAUGCCGGCAAGGAGGACUCCAGCGUCUUCAAGGUGGCCAAGCGGGACAGCACAACUGGCACCCUGAUCAUGGACCUCAAGCCAGGCACCAAGUAUCGCCUCUGGCUGGAAAUGUAUCUGACCAAUGGCAACACCAAGAAGAGCAAUGUGGUCAACUUCAUUACCAAGCCAGGUGGUCCAGCGACGCCGGGCAAAACUGGAAAACUGCUCACUGCGGGCGUCUCAGAUCAGCCAGUCGGCGACUACUACGGUCCGCUUGUUGUUGUUUCUGUGAUUGCCGCACUGGCGAUAAUGUCGACGCUUGCCCUGCUGCUGAUCAUAACCAGGAGGCGGGUGCAUCAGACGGCUUCGAUAACACCGCCGCGGAAGAGCGAUGCGGCCUACGACAAUCCCUCGUACAAAGUAGAGAUACAGCAGGAGACAAUGAAUCUGUAACGGGUCAAUCUGAUGGGCAAUACUCAAGGCACCCAAACUAGCUUAAAACAAUGUUCUUGUAAAUACUUCAAAACUCAAACUCAGUGUCAGUUAAAAUGAUGAAAAGAAUAUAAUUUUCCAUUCCCCGGCGCAGGAUUUAAAAGGAUGUCCACACUAAAAGGCCGCCAUGUUGUAUGUAGUUAUUAAGAAUUCUUCGAAAUGAACUAAACAUUUUUUUUUGUUAAACAAUUGCAACUUGUGUAUAUAGAGAAAUAGAAGAGAAAACUGAUAACCCCAAGAAACCAAUUGGCCUCGCCUGGGGCGUGUGAAAUGUUAACGUUUACGCAAUUCUUCUAGCGAUUUCUAAAUGCAUAGUUAGUUUAACUUGUAAAUUGUAGCUUUACACAUUAUUUAAGAACGAACAACAGCAGUUCUUCAAGUAACAGUCCAUAAAUAUUUAAAUUAGCUUGUAAACGUACAGAGAUAUGCAAACCUUAUGAAUAAAUAAAAUAUUAAAACUA